CAGGAAAAGACAGAAAGUGCACGUCGAAACAAGCUUGGUUUUUGUUUUUGGAUGGAUGGAGUGCUUCAAAGGAAUCCCUCAUCCCAUCCCCACCAUAUAUAGGUCCUCAAUUUUCAAGAAAAAGACAAGAAAUCAAGAACCUUUUUAAUUAAGGGAAGUUAUUACAGUUUGUGUCACUCGCCCACGAAGUGAUGUAAUUCAAUUAUAUAUGUAAAGAAAGAUGAUGAAAGGCUUGGCAAUGGAUGAGAACAUCUCCAAUUUGACUUCUGCUUCUGGUGAAAUAAGUGCUUCUUCUCGUAGCAGAAUUGAAACUUCCACUUUGUACUCUCAACAGUCUUUUCCUCCAUCAAAUCAAUCCCCACCACCUCCACCAAAGAAGAAGAGAAAUCUUCCAGGCAACCCAGACCCAGAAGCAGAAGUGAUAGCUUUGUCUCCAAAAACACUAUUAGCAACAAACAGAUUUAUAUGUGAGAUCUGUAACAAAGGAUUUCAAAGAGAUCAAAAUCUUCAACUUCAUAGAAGAGGUCAUAACCUGCCAUGGAAGUUAAAGCAAAGAACAAACAAGGAAGUGAGGAAGAAGGUAUAUGUAUGUCCAGAAGCUACAUGUGUACAUCAUGACCCAUCAAGAGCUCUAGGAGACCUUACAGGAAUCAAAAAACACUUUAGCAGAAAGCAUGGUGAGAAGAAGUGGAAGUGUGAAAAGUGCUCUAAACGUUAUGCCGUUCAAUCUGACUGGAAAGCCCAUUCCAAGAUUUGUGGCACAAGAGAGUAUAGAUGUGAUUGCGGAACCCUUUUCUCUAGGAGAGACAGUUUCAUCACACACAGAGCCUUCUGUGAUGCAUUAGCAGAAGAGAGUGCAAGAGCCAUAACAUUAAAUCCUUCCUCUUCUUCAACUUCUAAUCAUAUGAUCAAUUUGCAAGCCCUAUCAUCAGUCAAAAGGGAGCAAGAAAGUCAUCACCGUCCUUUUAUUAAUAAUAACAAUAGUAAUGUCCCACCAUGGUUAGUCGGAGAAGCUGCUCCUGCAGGUCCCAACUUUUCCCAAUUAUUCCCAACAAAUAUUAAUAAUUUAGAUCAAGCAUAUUUACAAAAUGAUCAAAACCCUAGCCCUAACCCUAAUCUUAGUCUCCCUCGAUUUCAGCCUCCUGUAGCCUUUGCUCACAUGUCUGCAACUGCAUUGCUGCAAAAAGCAGCACAAAUGGGUGUGACUAUGAGCUGCAAUAAGCCAUCUCCAUCUCCAUCUUCUAGACCCCACAAAGCUCACAUGUCUGAAACUACCACUGGCUUUAGUUCUACAUCGGUAGCUACGUCUACAGCUGGUUCUGGUCUCAAUUUGUCUUCAAGCGAAGACAUAAGAGGUGGGUUUGGUCAUGGCUUGACAUCAUUUGCGAAUAAAGCUGCUUCUAUCAUACCGCCUUCUUCUCUUGUCCAUGAUAUGAUGACUUGUUUGUCUUCUGCAAGUGGGUUUGAUGUGUCGUCAUCUUUUGAUGAAGAGUUAACUGGAAUUUUAAUGAAUUCGAAAAAAGCCGCAAGUAAUGAUAAUAUUUUUCAAGAAACUCUAUCAAAGUCAACAGAAUCUCAGUUUAGCAGAAGUGAAGAUAGAUCUGCAACUCAUAAAGAUGGGUUAACUAGAGAUUUCUUGGGUUUAAAAGCUUUUUCUCAUAAAGAUUUUCCCAAUAUUGCUGCUUUUGCUCAUAUUAAUUCUUCUUCUUCUUCUUCAACAUAUGAGCAACGGAGCCAAAACCAGCCACCUUGGCAAGGUUAGCAUUUUCAUUAUAUAUAUAUUCCUUUUUCAGUUUUGCUU